CUCAAAUACACAGGUGGGGAAAGUAAUCUACUAUUCACUACGUUACAUUUAAGCCAUUAGAGUUCAUUACUAGUUCCUUUUCUGUGGUUAAUUGUAUUGUAAUGCUGAUAAAGGAACAUUUUACUGAGUCUUCACAUUCAACGACGAGCUUAAGAGGGCAAUGCCGCCGAUUUUUCAAAAUAUCUGCAUAAUUCAGCGGUCGAGGUGUAGGCAGAGUCAUUCAGAGUGGUGGUGAUGAAAACCAGGGGUCGCAGUGUCUGCAACACAGAUAGAGCCAUAUUAUUUACUAUCUGAAACCACCGGUGAACCUACACGUGCUUCUGAGUUGAAUAUGUCGUGUUGAUGAUUAAAUGGUGGUAGAUCUGAAAAAGGGACUAUUUUGCCUUACAGCACCCCGCAUAUACCCCUCCGCCUUUACAGCACUUUUGGAAAAAGCAUUUUAGACCAAAACCUUGAUGCAAAACAGUGCCACACACAUUAGGCCACCGCGGUAAUCCUCGGGUGUAUCAGCUUUCAGUGAGGGCGCUUUUAAAGGCGUUUAACUCUUCAGACGUCCGGUUCCUGUCACCACCGCUGCGGCCAGCUCGGGCCGUUUCUCUGCGCCGUGCCAAUUUACAUGAAAUCACUCUGACUGACUUUGCGUCUUCAGGCGUUUCACUCACGCAGAAAUGUUGAUAAAUGAGGUGGAUUUUCUUUUAAGGCGCCGGAUGUGAAUCGACCGAGUGAACCUGUGAGUGGAGCGCGCAGACUAACUGCGUGGCUCCACCUUGAGAAGGCGCGCUCGCCCGCGCCCACGUGACUGGCGGUUCCUGGAAAGUUCUGGGAAACUGAUCUUUUGUGCUCGACUCGGUCUGGGUUAAACGGAGAUUACACUCGGGCGCGCGCGCGCGCGCACACACACACACACACACACACACACUCACGCGCGCGCGCGCGCAAGGAGGACACAGCCGCUGGAGGUCUGACGGGAUCAGCCGAGGGCUUUUUGGCUCCUAGCCGGCCGGGUGCUCCUGUAGAAGGGCUAUAAUGUGGCCACAUGCCGGGCUGCGCCUUCACACACACACACACACGGAGGGGAUGUAAAGGCCGAGGAGGAGGAGGAGGAGGAGACAGAAACACGGGCUGGUGGCGCUUUGUUUACCCUCGGUGUGACAGUUAACAAGGCAAAAACACCGGUGCCAGACACAACGGAGGAGUAGCAGGGGAGAGGGGGCGAGAGGCUAUCUGUGUAUCUGCUCCCCCUCCCAGAUUUACCCCCCCUGUGUCAGUAUGUGGGGCUCCCGGUGACACUGCGAGGUGCGCUGGCGGCAGCAGGGCGCUGAGGGAGCCGGAGGAGCCGAGGAGUCUGACAUGGACAGAUUUAGCGCUAAAGCGAAAGUAUCUUUAGUGGCUGGAGCUGUUUGUUUAUUUCUGACAAGAUAAAGGAGGUCAGCGCACUCAUUCAUAAUCCUCAGUGUCAGAGGAUUGUAGACAGCCUGGCUCAUCUUUGAAGGACAGAUUUAGCUGGAUGUGCUUUGGGUUUCUCCAAUGACCUGCCACUCCUCUGAGAACACGGAGAGCAUCGCGGAUGAGAGGAGAGCAGAGUCGGAGAGGAGGAGAGCAGAGUCGGAGAGGAGGAGAGCAGAACCUGGGCACACAGAGCAGAGUGCCAUCGCCACAGCCAUGAGAGACCUGAAAAACACCGGCUGGUACUGGGGCCGCCUGACAGCCAAUGAAGCCAAAGAGAUCCUUCAGGAUGCAUCGGAGGGGACAUUCCUGGUGCGGGACAGCUCCCAAAGAGACUACCUCUUCACCAUUUCUGCUAUGACAUCUGCUGGACCCACUAACCUGCGCAUUGAGUACAAAGAAGGCAAGUUUAAGCUGGACUCGGUGGUGCUGGUCAAGCCCAAACUCAAGCAGUUUGACAGCGUGGUCCAUCUGGUGGAGCAUUAUGUUCAGUUAUCCCGGACUUCCUGUAAGGGCGGGUCUGCUCCAAUGGCCCCAUCGAAUGGUACAGUGCAGCUGCUUUUGACGACCCCUGUGUACACAGCCAUACCCUCUCUUCAGCAUUUAUGCCGCAUUGCCAUCAAUAAAACCACACGAAAGGUGCAGGAGCUCCCUCUGCCAAACAGACUGAAGGACUACCUGACGGACUAUGCCUACAAUGUAUAGAGCCCAAAGAACUACAGUGACCAUACAUGUUCUGUGAACUGCACGCCCUCUACAAAGGGCCCUACCAGGCACUAGGGAUCUGAGACUCCACCCAAGGUAUCUAUUAACCAGUAUAUUAGGGCCUUGAGAAUUACAAAAGGGUGCUUGAGAAAAGACUAGAGGUUCUACAGACUUUCUUCAUUGAGUUUAUGUUUUGCGUGUAGGAUACACUGGUCUACACAGACUGCUGUGGGAACACCCUCCCCAAUCAAAUUAUAUUGUAUGCCUUGAGAUGUGGUCAUGCACUUCUGUUGAUGUGUCCAGCAUCAGAGAUACUAGUCUCCUGUGUUUGUAACAUGGGUGUCCAACACUGUGUUUCACUUCUGCAUUUAAUGAUGUGCUAAUUUGUUCACCUUUGUGUGUGUAUAUAUAUAUAUA